UUCUUUUUUUUUCUUCCUUAUUAAUGUUUAAGUAUUCAGUUGCUUUACCUGCUUGACUUGUUUUCUGCCUGGCAACAAGCACAAUAAUAAAACUAAUAGCCAAAGGAGAGUGUUUUACACACACACACACACACACACACACACUUCAUGGUUUGUGUGCUUUGCAGCCACGUGCUUGUUGUACUCGUGUGCUUUCAUCUUGGAGGCGUCCUACAGGUUCUGUCAGAAACUCGGCCAGCGGGAAAAUGUCUUUUGAGCGUUUGGUGGCGAAUGGAAGAGAAGAGGUGGGUGUGUCUUUUCCUUCACACACUCAGGUCUCAUAUAAAGCCUGUGGAACCUGUUAGCACCUAGUGUCACUUCCUGGAAUACUUCUUCAUGUUUGUGUCUUCACCUUCGGACAACAGCUUCACCCCCUCGCUUUUCUUCCCAGCACUCCACAUGCCCUCUUCAGCUGGAUGCUCCUGACCACCUGGAAACAAAGAAUCCUCUGCCUCUGCCCCUUGUUGGUCAUCCUUGUUUUUGGGGGCGGUCGAGAUGAUGGAGGAGGUGUCGGUCACCAUGUCCUACGAUGCCCAGCUGUCGGAGCAGAUGACCGAGGAGGCCAUCCUGGCAUGUCUGGUGGCCGAAACGCAACCCAGCUUUCCAGUCCCGACCAAGAAAGCCAAACUGAGAGAAAGCCGUCUGCAAAUCAUGGAGGAUGAGGAAGACCCCUUGAACAAAUGCCAGAUGGAGAACCAUCGUCUUCAGCAGGCCAGCCUCCGUCUGGAGCGGGAGAACGACAACCUGGCCCAAACACUCAUCACCAGCAAGGUGGCCCUCAGGAGCGCCCUGGAUAAGGCGGAGGACAACUUGGACGAGCUCACCAGCGACCUCCUGCUCACCCGCCGUCGUCUGCAGGUCACAGAAGAGGAGAAGCGCAGCAAGGAAGAGGAGGCGGCCAUGUUAAAGGAAGUGUUACGGAGGGAGCUGGAGAAGGCGGAGCAGGAGGUGAAAAGGUCCUCAGGCAUCAUAGCAGACUACAAACAGAUCUGUUGUCAGCUGACAUCACGCAUGGAAAGACAACAGGAAGCACAUUUGCAGGAGAUCCACUCACUCAAGAGCAAGAUGAAGGCUUGUCCUCAUUGUCAUCAUGCUGAAGAAUCAGAAAAGGAAUCUGCAUCAUCAGAAGACCCGGGUUUGGUUGUUCCAGGCUGGGGUAGGAAGCACGCUGGCCCCUCUGAGGCACAACAGAGGAGGGAGGACCAGGAGAAGGCCUCCCUCACGGCUCAGAUUAGACAGCUGGAGAAGGAGCUGGCUCAGACCAAACUACAGAUAGUGGAGGCCAAAUGCAGGAUCCAGGAGCUGGAGCACGAGCGGGGCAUCCUAGCCAACGACCUCCAGGAAGCAAAGAACAACUGGAUCAGCAAAGCCUUGACCUCGCUCCGCCCGUCCACUGACGGGGUGCCGACGUCAGGCAGGGGCCUCCACGGUGGCUCCCUGUCUGGGUGGAAGCUGUCGUGGCCUCACAACAACGGCAGUCAAAAAGAAAAUAGCUGUGAGAAAGAACGGGCUGACGGACAAAGCUGGAAUGCACCAUAAUGCACACCAGGGGGUGCUCUCGAGCAGUCUGAUACGAUGGAGCCUCGGGAUGUGAACAUGCAUUGAUUCUUUUUCACUUCCACAAGGGGAAUAUUACAAGAGUAAAGUCAUGAGGGGAAAAAAUCAUAAUAUCAUAGGAAGUGAGGCAGCAGCAGUAGUAAAAAAAAAUGGUUGGGUCACCCUUGGCAAAGUUCACCUUUUGUCUCGUCAGACCACAGAGUAUUUUCCCAAGGGUCUUGGGGUCAUCAAGAUGUUUUCUGGCAAAAUGGAGACAAGCCUUAAUGUUCUUUUUGUUCAGCAGUGGUUUUGGUCUUGGAGCUCUGCCAUGCGCACCAUUUUUGCGCAGCGUAUUUCUUAAAGUGGAGUCGUGAACACUGACCUUAACUGAGGCGAGUGAAGCCUGCACGUCUUUGGAUGUUGUUGAGGGGUCUUUUGUGACCUCUCGGAUGAGUCGUUGCUGUCCUCUUGGGGUCAUCUGGGUUGGCUGGGCACUCCUGAGAAGGUUCUCACCACUGUGGACAAUGGCUCUCACUGUGGUUUGCUGGAGUCCCAAACCACACUGAUGUCAGUCUCGGGGGGCACAAUCACCUCGCACAGGGCCAUGUGGGAUUGGAUUU